AUGACCGUCGGCCCUAUUAAACCUGCACCUGAUACUACCUGGAAGGGUGCUGCCACGCCUCUUGGAGAGCCUGCGAACAUACCAAUGCGCCCGCGAGACCCGAUACCGAUAAUCAACGAGCAGAUCACCCCAGCUGCUGCCAGAGUCCUGUCGACAAGCAGUAUAACUGGUACGCCAAGGAGCAGCGGGGAGUUUUAUUCCAUGAGCAACAAUUCCACCGAGACUUUGGCCUCCGAAUACGUAAUACACCAGCCCAUGAGAACCCAUGGGAGGCCACCGCACCUACGUCAAAAGUCAACCUUUUCCCCUCAGAAGGCCAAGCGCCCCGAGGCUCUGAUGAUGGGGUAUGCUCAAAUUCAGGGCUCCUUCACACUGGACGGUUCUCUGGUCAAUCUUGCACCGUUCGAGCAGGUCAAGCGGAAGGCCGUGGUGGGAGGGCAGGGAGGUGGCGUCGUUGGCAUAGAAACUUCCAAAAGGGAGAACGGGUUCAUGCGGGGCUUUGGCUGGGGCAGCUUCACCAAUUCUUUGGGGGAGCUGUUGGGCGCUGGCGAGCUGAGCAGCAUCAAGGAGAUGCGCGGAAUUGCCAGCUCCAAAUCUGUGCCACUACUCUCUACGCCACAAUCCAUUCUGUUUGUGGAUUUGCAGUUGGCCCCUGGGGAAAGCAAGGCUUUCGAGUAUACCUUCAGAUUACCCAAAGGCCUGCCCCCAACGCACAAAGGAAAGGCUAUGAAAACAUCGUACAGCCUCGUCAUAGGAACACAACGCCCUGGUGGCACUAAAGAGCAACAAGUCAAGUCGGUCGAGAUACCGUUCCGCAUGCUAGGAAGUGUCAACAACCACGGCGAGAUGCUCGGGCACGAUCUCAUGUCCCCAUAUAUUAUGUUGCGGGAUCAGGCUCGAAUACGAACCAUUGGCAUGGGAGAUAGCCUGUAUAUCGACAGGAGGCCAAGCGUAACAGAGGCGCGAGACAGAGGCGGCAAAGAGGCAGGCCCGGAAUCUACCAUGAAUGGGUUCCUGUCCUACGUCGACGAACUAGUGAACAGUUCUCGUCAUGGCUCGGGCGCAGGUUUACUUUCGCCGACUGCUGUUACUGGAUCCAGACGGCCAUCGUUUCUGGAAGAGGUGAACAGCGCCAAGGAUGCCAUCGACCUGGCCAUCAUAAGGAGUAACCUCACAGCGGAAGGUCAGCAAAGCGCCAACCGUUUUGAAAUAGCUCGUAAUGGGCGCAAAGUAGGCGUUGUCAUGCUUGCGAGGCCCGCAUACCGCCUGGGUGAAGUAGUAACCAUGGCAGUCGACUUUUCGGGCGCAGAGGUACCUUGCUAUGCAGUUCACGCCGCGCUCGAGACGUCUGAAAGGGUGGAUCCCGGUCUGGCCAUGCGCUCUGAGGCAAGCAUCCAUCGCGCCUCGAGGAAGGUGCAUGUGUCCACCUCUGAGGCCACGCUCUUCUCCCGGCGCAUGAUCUUCAACCCUGCCAUACCGAUUACGGCAACACCCGAGUUUGUGACCAGCGGCAUCAGCCUGGAAUGGAAGAUCAGGCUGGAAUUCGUCGUACCAUCUCAAGACGUAGAACCGCAACCAAUAGAGGACCAGGGUCAAGAAGACUCUGAUCAGGAAGGUGAGCAAGGGCAGGAACGACGACUCAUACCUACGGAGAAGUCGAAAUCCCAGCACCAAGGCCCUCACCCUCUCCUGGAGGAGAUAUCCCGCGACGACCGCGGCGGCCUCGUCCUCGUGGCGGCGGAGAACCUCGCCUGCGAGAGCUUCGAGGUAGCCGUGCCGCUGAGGGUCUAUGGUGCCGUGUGCAAAGGGCUGGAGCGGUUGGAGAGGGAUGAGGCGCUGGAGGAAGGACUUGUAGUAUAG